AUGAAGACGCUCUUACGCCGAAUCAUCAUUCCCUACACCAAAUCCUCUUCUUCAAUCAAUACUAACCUUCCUCGCUUUCAAAAUUGCAUUAAUACGGCGGCAGAAUCACCACACACGGCGGCGGCGCAGGAAGAGGAAGAGAAGACAGCUGAAACAAUCACCUGCGUCUGCAAAUCCUUUUCAAAUAACCUCAACUGGGAAACCCUUAAUCGGAAGCUUAAGUUCGUCGAUGUCAGAAACUCAGCUAUCAUCAACAAAGUACUGAUUCAACUCCAAGAACCACCAAAUGCUAAAAAAGCUCUAUCUUUCUUCCACUGGUCAUCCCAUUUCGGCAACAUCACACACCAAACACAAACGUACGCUCUUGUAAUACACAUUUUGGUUAAUGCGAAGCUAAUCAAAGAUGCCAGCGCGUUAAUUGAAUCAGUUCUUAUCCGAUCUGUUACAGGUAAUUUGAAAGAUCCUGACUGUAAAGGAUCUUCUUCUGUCCUCUCGUUUAUUCAUUCGUUGAUGAGUAGUUAUGAGGUCACUAGUUCAACUCCAUUUGUGUUUGAUUUAACGAUACAAAUUUGUUCAAAGUUGAGGAUGAUUGAUGAGGCUAUAGAUGUAUGUUUUUGUUUGGGAGAACAUGGAUUUAGAUUGAGUGUUAUCAGUUACAAUACCUUAUUGCACGUAAUUCAGAAAUCAGAUAAGACUAAGUUGGUUUGGAGAGUUUAUGAGCAGAUGAUCAAACAUAGAACAUACCCAAAUGAAAAAACUACUGGGAUCAUGAUUAACGCAUUGUGUAAACAAGGAAAGCUGCAAACUUUUGUUGAUAUGAUAGAUAGGAUUGAUGGAAAGAGAUGCUUGCCUAGAGUGAUCGUUAACACUUGUUUGGUUUUCACGAUGAUAGAGGAGGGAAAAAUCGAAGAUGGGUUAGUUUUGUUAAAGAGGAUGUUGAUAAAGAACAUGAUUACGGAUACCAUUUCAUAUUCUUUGAUCGUAUAUGCCAAGAUAAAGUUAGGACAAUUAGAGUCUGCACGGGAGGUGUUCGAUGAAAUGCUCAAGAGAGGUUUCAAGGCCAAUUCCUUUGUGCAUACAUCGUUUAUAGGAGACUAUUGUAAGGCUGGAAAGGUUGAAAUUGGAGAUGAAUUGUUUAAAGAAAUGGAACAUAUCGGUUUGAAGCCAUACAAUGACACAUAUACUCAUAUGAUUGUUGGUUUUUCAAAAGUCGGAAGAUUUGAAGAAAGCUUGAAUCUUUGUCAAAAAAUGGUGCAUAAUGGAUUCAUUCCAAGUUGUUUAACGUUCAGUGAAGUGGUUAAAAUGGUUAUGGACGUGAUGGAGAUGUUGAGGGAGUUUUAA